AUGAAGGAAGCCAUUAUUGACAAGACUAUUUCGGCCAUCAUCCGGGACAUUGACAUCCCUACCCCCGAACCUGGCCAGGUCCUCAUCCGGGUAGUGGUGUCGGGUACCAACCCAAAGGACUGGAAACUCCCUAAAUGGCACCCAGACAAUGUCAUUAACCAGGGAGACGAUAUCGCAGGAUAUGUGGAGGCAGUGGGAGAAGGAGUCUGGAACUUCCGCAAGGGAGACAAAGUGGCAGCGUUCCACCAGAUGGGCACCCCGCAUGGAAGUUAUGGCGAAUACGCCAUUGCAUGGGAGUACACGACAUUCCAUCUCACUGACAAGACGAGCUUCGAAGAGGCUGCUACAAUCCCCCUUGCUGCGAUGACUGCUGCAUUGGGACUAUAUCAAGCGCUGAAAUUGCCUCUGCCCUGGGCACCGGCCGAUAAACCCACUCCUUUGGUUGUGUACGGCGGUGCCUCGGCGGUUGGCGCAUUUGCGAUCAAGUUCGCUCAACUAUCCAAUAUCCACCCCAUCAUCGCUGUCGCGGGCAAAGGCGCUCCCUUUGUCGAGACGUUGAUCAGCAGGGAAAAGGGAGACACGAUCAUUGAUUAUCGUGAAGGCGAUGACGCCGUCUACGCAGGGAUUAAGGCUAUCGGCAAGGAGACACCCAUUCACCAUGCCUACGAUGCCGUGACCGAGAAGGGAAGCUAUGUGACUCUCGGUGCUGCUCUCGAUGCACCUGGAAAUAUCACUGUCAUUCUACCUGCGGAAGCUGAUAAGGUAAAGGAGCAAAUUAGUAUCCAUCGGACCAUGGUGGGGACUGUUCAUAUUGCCCCUGCUGAGGGCCAGGCUCUUGGUGAUAAGGAAUUCGCGGCUGCUUUCUUCCAAUUCAUUGGUCGAGGUCUCGCACAGGGUUGGUUCUCGGGCCAUCCGUAUGAAGUUAGAAAAGGUGGACUGGGGGGUAUUGAGGGCGCAUUAAAAGAUCUGCAGGCUGGCAAGGCAUCUGCGGUGAAAUAUGUGGUUAAAAUUGCCGAGACUGAGGGAGUCCGGCAGUAG